AUGAAGAAGAUGGUGAUGAGGUUGAAUCCGAUGAGGGCCCUUCAUAUGAAGACAUGGCUCUCUUUGUCAAGAAGUUUAGCGCGGGAAAAUUCAAGGGAAGGUUUCAAAAGAAGAAAGUAAGAAAAUGCUACAACUGUGAAGAAACCAACCACUUCUCCAACGAGUGCCCUUAUGAGAAGAGAGAAGAUAAACCAAGGUUUCCCAAGACCUUUCCCAAGAAGAAGUUGCCAAAUCCUUUGAACUCCAAGCUCAAGAAGAGAGAUGGGAAAGCAAUGGUUGCUCAAGAAGAAUCCGAUCCGGAUGAUGUUAGUGGUGUUGCCGGAGUUGCUCAAGAUUCUCAAAACACAUUGAGGCUAGUCAACAAGAGUGGUGAAGUUGUCACCUACAACUACAUGAAGGAUUACAAGGGCAACGCUCACAAGUGUCUCAUGGCGAAGGCCGUGGUAGAAGAUGGAGAGGACCAACACUCUCCUGACAAGGUCAAGGUAACCCCACGAUCAAACCCUCCUCUUUUCACUCCUCCUACUCCUAGUGAUGAGAAAGAAGCUCACUAUGUUUCGUAUGCUUAUGGAGAUGGUGAGUAAGCACACCAUUUCCAUUAAGGAACUCGAAACCCUCGUCACCGAGGAAAAGGAAA